CGGGCCAGGCGGGCCGGGCGUUGCCGGUGCGCGCGCCGGGUCGUUAGGUAGGGCGGCCCCGGGCGGAGUCUGCCCUGUCCUCCGAGCCGCCACCAUGUCCAUUUUCACCCCCACCAACCAGAUCCGCCUGACCAAUGUGGCAGUGGUGCGCGUGAAGCGGGGCGGGAAGCGCUUCGAGAUCGCCUGCUACAAGAACAAGGUGGUCGGCUGGCGUAGCGGCGUGGAAAAAGACCUCGAUGAAGUCCUGCAGACCCACUCAGUGUUUGUCAACGUUUCCAAAGGUCAGGUUGCAAAGAAGGAAGAUCUCAUUAGUGCAUUUGGAACAGAUGACCAAACUGAAAUCUGUAAACAAAUUUUGACAAAAGGAGAGGUUCAAGUAUCAGAUAAAGAAAGGCACACGCAGCUGGAGCAGAUGUUUAGGGACAUUGCAACCAUUGUGGCAGACAAGUGUGUGAACCCAGAAACGAAGAGGCCGUAUACUGUCAUCCUUAUCGAGAGAGCCAUGAAAGAUAUCCACUAUUCAGUCAAACCCAACAAGAGUACAAAGCAACAGGCACUGGAAGUGAUAAGGCAGUUGAAGGAGAAGAUGAAGAUAGAGCGUGCUCACAUGAGACUGAGGUUCAUCCUGCCAGUGAAUGAAGGAAAGAAGCUGAAAGAGAAGCUGAAGCCACUGAUGCAUGUUGUGGAGAGUGAGGACUACGGUCAGCAGCUGGAAAUUGUAUGUCUGAUCGACCCAGGCUGCUUCCGAGAGAUUGAUGAGCUGAUCAAAAAGGAGACAAAGGGCAAAGGCUCCUUGGAGGUGCUGAGCUUGAAGGACGUGGAAGAAGGAGAUGAGAAGUUGGAAUGAUGCACCUUGGUCUGUUCAGCUGUAAGCUGGAUGCCAACGCUAGGCUUUCGUUCCCAGGGCCAUUCCUGGAUUUCUGUGAGCCGCCCAAGUCCUGCUCAGACAUUAAUGUCCUGCUACCCCUUUUCAUAAAUAUAAUGCCAUGUAUGCUUUCAUUUCAAUUGUAAAUUGGGAUUUUAGGCAAAAUGAAAAUUGAAAUAUAUGAAGUCCAGAGUUGAGUAGCCAUCUCAUGUCCUCAUAGAUUCCAGAGUGACAGUCAUUUGAGACAAUGUGUGCUGUAUGAGUAAGGUGAUGGGGACGUGAAUGCACCCUGGGGAUGGUUCUAGAAUGUAUGUUGCAUGGUGGUGUCUCGUCAGAACGAUGCUGGCUGCAAAGCUGUGUCGGUGGACCUGGGCAGCACUGCGCAGGCACCUGCCAUGCCCCCAUGAAGCUUGGUGACAGUGUGAGACCCAUGUCAUUUCUAAUUGUUAAAAGUUUAUAAUAUAUAUUAAUACUACUAAAAUUAUAUACAAUCAAUAAAACUACUGUUAUUUUUUUUCCAAA